AUGAAACACAGCCUGGACAGGUAAAGCUUUGGUUUUGAAUUAUUACACUAAGAAUGUAGAAAAGUGUAUUUUUCCUUGAUUUUUUACAUUUUGAAUGCAUUUCCCCCCCUGCUGCAGGGCCCCCUCUCCCUUCCAGACUACCAUCCUUUGACAGUCUCUUGUCUCUGGUGAGAGACAACUGUUUGCUGUUGAGUAACUCUGUAUCGUCUGGAAAGCCAUUGAUUGGAGAUGUGCUUUUGACAGUAAGACACACACACAAAAUCCUAUUUUCCCUAAACCUAACCUUAAACCUAAACCUAACCCUUAUUUUAACCCUAACCCCUAAGCCGAACCCCUAAACCUAAAAUAUCUGUUGUCCACACACACAAACACACACCUCCUCUCUGUAAUCGGUUAUCUCUCUUCUCUAGUUACUGGUUAAUGCCACUGAUGUUCUUCAACUGGGCCUCCAGUCCAAUGGUCACCGUAGUAGCAGUGUAUUUUUUGUUGUUUGUUUUGUGUACAGGGUUUGCGUUUGUCAUUCUGUUCAGUUAUAAGAAUCUGGAUACUCUGAAGGACAGCUCUUCUCAUCAGAGCCAGCAGCUCAUGACCAGUGCUGUGACGGUGUCUGUUCGAAACUCCAACACAACAAACCUGCCCCAACCUGUCAAUAUCACCUUCAAUCACCUGCAGGUAACACUGGUAUCUCUUUAGAAGGGUCUCUGAUUGUCCGUAAAACAGGUUUUGCGUUGAUAUAUUUGUCCUGAAGUGAAAACAUUUGACUGAGUGAAAAUGGAAUUGACCCCAACCCAUAUCCACUGUAUCACAGUCAAGUUAUGUGGACCCCAGCUGUGUUUUAUUGGUCGGAUUAGAAUGGACCGGGGGUGUGGUCUGGGAAAGGUUGCACCUCAGUGAUGUCAAACUCUACUCACACUGUGUGCUCCUGCAACCACCUCAGCACAUUCGCUCUACUCAAGGGAAUCCACCAGAAAAAGGUGAUGAGAACACUGUAG